AUGGGACAAAGGGGAAAUAGCAGUGCAAUGGGAGGUGAAAAAUGGCUUCCACCAGAACAGAGUUGGGUUAAGGCAAACUGGGAUGCAGCUUUGGAUGUUAAAGCAAGAAAGAUGGGUGCCGGGGUCAUAAUAAGAAAUGAGAAGGGAGAGGUCAUGGCAACAUGUCAUGCUCAGAAGCAAGAUGUGGUUGAACCAGCUCUAGCAGAGUGUUAUGCUCUAAGAACAGCAAUGGAUUUAUGUAGAGAUCUCAACUUUGACAAAGUAAUCUUCGAGGGGGAUGCACAGAUUGUGAUAAAUGCUGUGAACAAUCAAGAUGAAGACUUAUCUUUCUAUGGCAGUAUUAUUGAAGAGUUGAAGAUGGUGAUCAAAGGCUGGAUAGGUUGGAAAGUUAAAUACUCACAUAGAGGCACAAAUGUAGUAGCUCAUAAACUAGCUAGAGCUGCGUUACAUACUGUAGAGGAAAAAAUAUGGAUAGAAGAAGCACCAUUGUUUGUCUUAAAUAGUUUACAGAUUGAUAACCUUUGUAUUGACCAAACAGUUUAUAUUAAUGAAUGA